UUCAUUAUCGUUUUACCAGCAGUACCAUUGUAUCCUGUGGUUUCCGUAAAUGAGAGGGGAUGUCCUACUUUUAAAAUCAAUUUGUCAUGCACACACAAUUUCACGCUCAUUAGAAAAAAGGCAUACAUUAUAAUAAUAUAAUAAUGUAAUGAGAUUGGAAUUGUUAUCUACAUCUGUAUUCGAAUUUACUAUAAUUUAAGUUUUACUUCAACAACUGGAGCGCGUUCGAAAAUGAGAUUGCUAUCAUUUUUCCUGAUAUUUACAUAUAUAUAUAAUGCAUCGGAAACAUCAAGACACCUUAUUGUUGAAAUGUGAGGUAAACAUAGGCAUAAAAGAAAAUGCUGAAAAUUUCGUUACUGCUCGGUGUAUUUGAUACAAUCCUUUGUGAAAUUCAUGCAAGAUCGGAGACUACAAGUCAAGCAUCAUCUUGCAGAAAUCCACCUCUAUGUUACUUAUCGGAUAUAUACAAGGCUGAAUCAAGGAGCAUGUUUUUCCCUUAUGUAAAUUCUUACAAUUAUGGCAGGCAACAGUCAAAUCUUCAACGUAGUUACUACAGUGGAUUCGAUUCAUCUACACUACCAGCUUAUUAUUCGGCUUUUGAUCCCAUCAGCGUGUUAGCAUCAUUAGCAUUUUUGGCAUUUCUAUUGCAAUCAUUCGCUUCGCUCUUUGAUCAUUCGAGAUCAAUUUUGCCAACAAUAAUUAGUGGCCGACAAUCGACCGUGGACUUAACUAUUCCAGAAAUUUCGAAACAUGUGUCACACGCUUUGCAGAAAUAUGAAAAUCUCAAUGAAGAUUUAGAGAGCAAAUAAUUGACAAGAUAAUGACAAUUUUUUGCCAUUUACAUGCAAUCUUAGACAGUAAUUUUUGUCUUUCUU